ACGAGCGCCGCCUGGGAAGCUGUGAACACAGUCGCUGUCUCUUGUCGUUCGUCCCCGCCGCGAGGGGGCGACCGAGAGCGCGCAGAAGACCUUCGAGCCGCGUAAAGGCCGCGAGGAAGAGAUGACCGGUUGUAAACAUGGCGUCUUCCUUGGAUGAUGAUGAGCUCCUUAAUGAUGAUUAUUAUUCCCUGCUUAAUGUCCGGCGAGAGGCAACACAGGAGGAGCUGAAGGUGGCAUACAGGCGAUUGUGCAUGCUGUAUCACCCGGACAAACACCGGGACCCUGAACUGAAGCGUCAAGCAGAGCAGCUUUUUAACCUCGUACAUGAAGCUUAUCAAGUGCUUCGGGAGCCGCAGUCUCGCGCUAUCUAUGAUAUAUAUGGCAAGAGGGGACUCGAUGUUGAUGGAUGGGAGGUGGUGGAGAGAAAAAGAUCCCCCGCAGAGAUUCGAGAAGAGUAUGAGCGUCUUCAGAAAGAGCGAGAGGAGAGAAGGCUUCAGCAAAGGACCAACCCAAAGGGAACUAUUAGUGUGGGUGUUGAUGCCACGGACCUCUUUGACCAGUAUGAGGAGGACUAUGAGGAUAUGGCUGGAGGAGGAGUCCCACAUGUGGAAAUCAACAAGAUGCACAUAUCACAAUCCAUAGAGGCUCCUCUUAGCACCAAAGACACUGCUAUUUUGUCUGGCUCCCUGUCGACCCACAAUGGAAACGGAGGUGGCACAAUUAACUUGGCCUUCAGGAGAGUCACCUCCGCCAAUGGGUGGGGAGAGGUAGAGGUCGGCGCUGGAGACACCCAAGGACCUCUCUUAGGAAUGAAGAUUUUCCGUAACUUGACGUCUCGAUGCUUCGCCACCGCUCAGUGCGGCCUCCAGUUUUCAUCCCGAGGCGUGCGUCCUGGGGUUACCACAUUGCUGGCCCGCCACCUAGACAAGAACACCAUGGGCUAUCUACAGUGGCGCUGGGGCAUCCAGUCCUCUAUGAACACCAGCAUCGUCAGGGACACCAAGAGCAGCCAUUUCACCCUCGCAAUGCAGUUUGGCAUUCCUCACACUUUUGUGAUGAUGAGCUACCAGUACAAGUUCCAGGACGAUGACCAGACCAAGAUUAAGGGCUCAGUAAAAUCAGGUUUCUUUGGGACUGUGGUAGAGUACGGUGCUGAGAGGAAGAUCAGUCGACACAGUGUCCUGGGGGCCACCGUCAGCGUGGGAGUGCCCCAAGGUGUCUCCCUCAAGAUCAAACUAAACAGAGCCAGCCAGACGUAUUUCUUCCCUAUUCACCUGACUGACCAACUCCUGCCAAGUGCUGUAUUUUAUGCCACAGUUGGACCACUGGUUUUCUACCUCGCCAUCCAGCAGCUUAUUAUUCGGCCCUACGUGCGGGCCCAGAAGGAAGAAGACUUGGACAAACAGCGGGAAGGCUCAGCCUCAAAUAUAGCCAGGAAGAAGCAGGAGGCGGAGAGCGCUGUCUUGCUCAUGCAGGAGUCUGUGCGCAGGAUUAUUGAAACGGAGGAGUCUAGAAUGGGCCUCAUCAUCCUCAACGCCUGGUACGGCAAGUUUGUGACCGACAACAGUCGAAAACACGAGAGGGCAAAGGUCAUUGAUGUGACCGUGCCGCUGCAGUGUCUGGUGAAGGACUCUAAACUCAUCCUCACCGAGGCCACAAAGUCAGGAAUCCCUGGUUUCUAUGACCCCUGUGUGGGGGAGGAGAAGAGCCUGAAGGUGCUGUAUCAGUUCCGUGGAGUCAUGCAUCAAGUCCUGUCAGGAGACGCCGAACCACUCAGGAUACCAAAGCAAUCUCACAGGAUCGACGCAGACACAUAGGAGCUCCUCGGCUGACCAAAAAAAAAAAAAAAAAAAAAAGACUCUCGGCUGGUUGACAGAAGAUGGAUAAUAAACCUGUUUUAGAUACGACACAGAUUGGAAGUCCUUGUUACUCAGAAAAAAAUCGCACAUUUACCUUUUUGUCUUCAUAUUCAUUUAAAUAUGCAGCGCGGAGUGGAAGCAUCACGGACUGGAUUGAUCAUAAUUCAAGGGGGACGGACGGACGGGGGUUGCGGCCUGCGUGAAAUUCUAAUGAGACACCAAAAUCGAUGGCUGCCAUCUUAUGUCCCCGGGUCUUUUAGCCUCCUUGGUAUCCAUUUAUUUUUGGUAUAUGGCUUGUAAUUUAGGUUAGAGGUCUAUGUACUGUAUCGUACACAAACUGCAGUGCCUACGUGAUUGAAUACAUGAAUGCACCUUUUUGUUUAUUUGCCAUAUUAUUAAAAUCAGUCUCUCUCAUGUUGCGCAACCA